UCAAAAAGCAUUUCUUUUCCUAAUUACCCUCCACUUCUCGUUACUCUUAUCUUUUUAUUUCUUGUUUCCUUUUGUUUUUAUUUCACUACAUUGGUCCGACCGGCUAUUGGUCGCCGGAGUAGCAGCACCGUUUGAUCAGCUGAUCUCAUUCCGGUGAGCUGCUUCUUCCGACGAAUCUUUCCGGAUUUCCGUUCAACUAUCUUUGAUAAAAUCCGAUCAUUUCAGUAACCAUUAUCACCGUUAGAUCCGUUAUUGAGUUCUCUUUAUUAGGGUGAAGCCGCAGAACUGCCGCCUUCGAGUUCUUUAAUCCCUAUCUUCAUUAGUCAACAACAUAAUCGUUUUUAGGGUUUCUUUUUUGGGUCCAAAAUGUUUAAGAAAAUUAUCAAAGGGGGGCAACGGAAGUCUUCCAAAUCGAAUUCAACAGAUGCAUCUUUAUACGGGUACGGUCCACCAAUUUCCCACAAUCCCGGGUCGGGUCCAAACUCCAAUGCCGUCGUUGCCCCAGCUCAGAACUCCGACGUCCUUAUGGUCCCACCACUGAUGACCACCGUGGAACCCUUGCCGUUAUUCCGUGAAGUCUCCGUUUCCGAGAGACAGAACUUGUUCAUGAGAAAAUUACAGAUUUGUUGCUUCCAAUUCGAUUUCUCUGAUACCUUGAAAUCGGCCCGUGAAAAAGAAUUAAAGCGGCAAACACUGCUGGAGCUCGUGGAUUUCAUCCAAUCCGGGUCGGGCAAAAUCUCGGAUGUGUGUCAGGAAGAAAUGAUUAAAAUGAUCGGAGUCAACAUUUUCCGGUGCCUCCCUCCGGCGUCUCACGAGAACACGGGCCAAGAAGCAACGGAUCCUGAAGAAGAUGAAGGCUACUUGGAACCCUCGUGGCCGCAUUUACAGAUCGUCUACGAGCUUCUUUUGAGAUAUGUGGUAUCUUCCGAUACAGACACUAAGGUUGCUAAGAGAUACAUUGAUCAUUCAUUUGUUUUGAAGUUGCUUGAUUUGUUUGAUUCAGAGGAUCACAUAGAAAGGGAGUUUUUGAAAACGAUUCUUCAUAGGAUUUAUGGUAAAUUCAUGGUCCAUCGUCCAUUUAUUAGGAAAGCCAUAAACAAUAUUUUCUAUAGGUUUAUAUACGAAACAGAGAGGCUUAGUGGGAUUGGGGAGCUUUUGGAGAUUCUUGGAAGUAUUAUUAAUGGCUUUGCUUUGCCCAUGAAAGAGGAACAUAAGUUGUUCCUAGUGAGAGCAUUGAUUCCUUUGCAUAAGCCGAAACCUGUGGCAAUGUAUCACCAGCAGUUGUCUUAUUGUAUAAUUCAGUUCGUUGAGAAGGAUUAUAAGUUGGCUGACACUGUUAUUAGAGGGUUGUUGAAGUAUUGGCCUUUGACUAAUUGUCAAAAAGAAGUUCUUUUCCUUGGAGAACUUGAAGAAGUACUUGAAGGAACUCAACCUGCUGAGUUCCAACGAUGUAUGGUUCCUCUUUUCAGACAGAUUGCUCGUUGCCUCAAUAGCUUUCAUUUUCAGGUCGCAGAAAGAGCCCUCUUCUUGUGGAAUAAUGAGCACAUUGUGAGCUUAAUUGCCCAAAACCGGCAGGAUAUAUUACCGAUCAUCUUCGAGGCAUCGGAGAAGAAUAUUCCAAAUCAUUGGAAUCAGUCUAUUCAUGGGUUGACUGUGAAUGUGCAAAAGAUGUUCAUGGAAAUGGAUGCCGAGUUAUUUGACGAGUGUGAGAGACAAUUUGAAGAGAAAGUGGCCAGAGCGCAAGAGGUGGAAGAGCAACGAGAAAUGACGUGGAAAAAACUGGCGGAUGCCGCAGCACACAGAGGGGAAGACAAUAUGGUUACAGUCUAACAGAUGAAUCAGAGUUGAUCUGUCAAUGAUUGGAUGCUGAUAUGGCUGUGUUGUUGUUCCCUUCUCCAUGUUGACUGUAUUCUUUUUUCUUCUCUCUUUUCAGUUUAUUUUUAAACUCUUGGUCUCAAGAUGAUCAAUGAAGAUACCUGAGAAUGAGCAGCGACAAAAUGUAAUUUAAAAUGUACUGAAUUGGUUAGUAAAACACUGUCAA